AUGCCAGAGACAUACACUCUGGAUCAUUAUGUUCUUAACAAGGAUAAGCGUGCGCAUUGGAAUGAUGACCAUAUCACAGGAGUUCUUGAUGCUUUUGAUCCUUCAGCACAUAAUUGGCCACCUGAAAACUGGACUAUUCCAUUCCCACCAAAUUGGGAAGCACUACCACCUGAUGAUCCAAUGCAGAUGAAGUGCAAAGAAUUUAUUGCACAAAAGCAGAAAGUGGUACAGGGAAUGCAACAUAGGCUACAAGCUACCAAUACUACAGUCGCCAUUCCUUCUGCCCAAGCUGCAACAGCGCAGUUCCUUGUCCCACCUCCACUUCAACUGUCAUACCCUCCAUAUCCCAUCACAUACCCCAUGGUUUCCUUCCCUGGGCAACAAACCAUGUUCCUACCACAGCAACCAACUUCCUCCCCACCCAUUGCCAUGCUUAACCCAACCUGGGCCCCUGACACAAAGAACUCUGCAUCCAAUGAAAGAUUGGAAAAAUUACUUGAAAUCUGCUACCAAUGUGACACACUCAAUCCGAAGAAGGUGACAAUGGAGGCAAGUCUCCAUUUGCCUAUUGAUUGUUCUGCCCAAUUUGCACUCCAGAAAAUCGAGGAGGGGAUGGGCAUCAAUGUCACUGAGCACAACAUUGGGCACCUCCCAACUUUUGAUGGAAAGCGACGAUGGGAUGUGCUAGUCCAGCUCAAGACUGUCGUGCACAUGGAAAAGGUGCUAAAUGAACUCUGCAACUGCAUGUCUCAUGCCCAGGCAAGCAAAAAAUUAUACAUUGUCAAUAUUAAACCAGUACCCAAAGCUGACAACAAGUGUGGAAAAAGCCGUUGUUCUAAUACAGUAAACAACGCAAUUCAAUCCAACCCGACUUCAGAGCAUGGGAAGCAUUUGCACCUGAGCAAUGCAAUGCUGUCUUUGUGGGCACAACAAUGGACAGACAACACUCCUGGCAUCGAUCUCCAUAAUCCCCCAUCCCACCAAUGGAACCUGAAGCACAAGCGCCGUGCUACUACUCCACCACAAACCCCUCCAAAGUCCAAUGCUGCAACCACACUACUGGCCAAGAAAAUUAAGGCUGAGGCUAGUCCCCAGGUAAAGGUUGGGCUCAUUGUGACACCAACUAAACUGCAACCUGAAAACCAUGAAACCAUUGUUCUCUCCUCCGACCUGGUAACCCCAGUCUGUCACACAUCCAUCAUUUCUCUCUCAUCCUCACCUGUCCCUGGACCUUCCAGGAAGGACUCUGCCCUCAUUUUCAAUCUUUGCAGUGACAGCUCUGCAGAUGAGUCCAACAUUGAUGAGUUAGAAUAA